CACUGCAGUCGCAGGCAGCCUCCCUCCUCUCCGUUCUGUCCUCAUUUCUCUCUCUCACACACAAUGCGGCUCCGCGGCACUGGCAGCCUGGGCUCUCACUCUCCUCACUCUCCUCACUCUCCUCACUCUCCUCACUGUCCUCACUCAUCACCGAAGGAGUAAUGAAGAGGACCACCAUGUAGACCGAAUGCAGACAUUGACAGACUGCAGACGGAGAUAGAAGAAGCAGAAUGGGAACAUGCAUCUGGAGCGGCUCCCGAUUGACCCACAGUAACAGAAGACCAGAAGGGAUCGUUAUUCUCCUGUGGACGUACGUCGCUCCUCUCGCUGCUGGUCUCACUGGUCUAGCUGGCUUCCCUUAGUGUUCUCUGGAUGGUCGUACGGUCUUCUCUCCACACUGUCGCUGACUGAGGGAUCUCAGCCUGUCUCUGUAUCUCAAAGUGACAACAGGAUUUAGCUCUCCCUCUGUCUGUCGGUGGGCGCUGCAGCAUCUGUCUCUCUCUCUAUCGUGUGGUUUUCACCAGUAUCGCCGGUAUUGCCGGGCGCAUUCCAGUGGCAUUCAUCCCUCUCUUCAUUUCGAGAAUCCCUCUCUCUCUCUCUCUCUCUCAACCCACACAACCCCCUCGUAAAGCUUUGUCUGAGGUUUGUACUCCUUCUUCGUUGAGUUACUGAGCAAUACUAGCUAGUCAGUCAUCAUGGGGGACCUGACCAACAGUGAUUAUUACUCUAAAAACCAAAGAAACGAUGUCAGCAGUAACCACGAAGGGGGCUUUGGGGUCUCGGUCAUGGAGCUGCGUGAACUCAUGGAGCUGAGAGGCAGCGAGGCGGUUGUUAAGAUCCAGGAGGAGUACGGGGACAUGGACGGGCUCUGUCAACGGCUUAAAACAUCACCCACAGAAGGCUUAACAGGAGAUGCAACCGACCUAGAUAAGAGGAAAGAAGUGUAUGGGGAAAACCUAAUACCUCCGAAGAAGCCAAAGACCUUCCUCCAGUUAGUAUGGGAAGCGCUGCAGGACGUGACUCUGAUCAUCUUGGAGGUGGCUGCCUUGAUCUCUCUGGGACUGUCCUUCUAUCAGCCUCCGGGAGGGGACAGUGGAGAAUCCUGUGGGACAGCGGCGGCGGGUGCAGAGGAUGAGGGUGAGGCCGAGGCCGGCUGGAUAGAGGGAGCAGCCAUCUUGCUGUCUGUAGUGUGUGUGGUUCUGGUGACGGCCUUCAACGACUGGAGCAAGGAGAAGCAGUUCAGAGGGCUGCAGAGCCGCAUCGAGCAGGAGCAGAAGUUCCAGGUGGUCAGAGGUGCUCAGGUCAUCCAGCUCCCGGUUGCUGACAUCGUGGUCGGGGACAUCGCACAAAUCAAGUAUGGUGACCUGCUUCCAACGGAUGGAGUGUUGAUACAGGGGAACGACCUGAAGAUAGACGAGAGUUCGCUAACAGGAGAGUCUGAUCACGUCAAAAAAGCAGCCGACAGAGACCCGAUGCUGCUGUCUGGUACCCAUGUGAUGGAGGGUUCCGGCAGGAUGCUGGUAACAGCUGUAGGGGUCAACUCUCAGACCGGCAUCAUCUUUACUCUGCUGGGGGCCGGAGAGCCAGGGGAGGAGGAGAAGAAGGAGAAGAAAGGUAAAAUACAGGAUGACAAUAUGGAGAACAACCAGACUAAAGUGAAGAAACAGGACGGAGCGGCUGCUAUGGAAAUGCAGCCCCUGAAGAGCGCCGAGGGAGGAGAGAUGGAGGAGAAGGAGGAGAAGAAGAAAGCAAACGUCUCCAAGAAGGAGAAGUCUGUCCUCCAGGGGAAACUGACCAAGCUGGCUGUUCAGAUUGGCAAAGCAGGUCUGGUGAUGUCUGCCAUCACAGUGAUCAUCCUGGUGCUGUACUUUGCUGUGGACAACUUUGUCCUGCAGAAGAGGCCGUGGCUGACGGAGUGUACCCCCAUCUACGUCCAGUACUUUGUCAAGUUCUUCAUCAUCGGUGUCACCGUGCUGGUGGUGGCUGUACCCGAGGGGCUGCCCCUGGCCGUCACCAUCUCCCUGGCCUACUCUGUCAAGAAAAUGAUGAAAGAUAAUAACCUGGUUCGCCACCUGGAUGCAUGUGAGACGAUGGGUAACGCCACGGCCAUCUGCUCCGACAAGACCGGCACGUUGACCACCAACCGCAUGACUGCCGUGGCGUGCUACGUGGGGGAUGUCCACUACAAGGAGAUACCAGACCCUGGACUUCUGUCUGUUAAGUCUCUGGAUAUCCUUGUCAACGCCAUCUCCCUCAACAGCGCGUACACCACCAAGAUACUGCCUGCCACCAAGGAGGGUGGUCUGCCCAUGCAGGUGGGCAACAAGACAGAGUGUGGCCUGCUUGGCCUGGUGCUGGAUCUGAAGAGAGACUACCAACCCGUCCGCAACCAGAUCCCAGAGGAGAAACUCUACAAGGUGUACACCUUCAACUCGGUCAGGAAGUCCAUGUCCACGGUCAUCAAACUACCAGACGGCUCCUUCAGGAUGUACAGCAAAGGAGCCUCCGAGAUCGUCCUCAAGAAGUGUACUAAGAUCCUGAACCAGGAAGGCGAGCCGCGGGUGUUCCGUCCCCGGGACAAGGACGAGAUGGUGAAGAAGGUGAUCGAGCCGAUGGCGUGUGACGGGCUGCGGACCAUCUGCGUGGCGUACCGUGACUUCCCUGGCGACCCAGAACCCCUCUGGGACAACGAGAACGACAUUCUCAAUGAGCUGACGGCUGUCUGCGUGGUCGGCAUAGAGGACCCUGUCAGGCCAGAGGUGCCUUCUGCUAUUGUGCGGUGCCAGCGUGCGGGCAUCACGGUGCGCAUGGUGACAGGUGACAACAUCAACACGGCCAGGGCCAUCGCCAUCAAGUGUGGCAUCAUCCACCCCGGAGAAGACUUCCUGUGUAUCGACGGCAAGGAGUUCAACAGGAGGAUCCGCAACGAGAAGGGAGAGGUUGAGCAGGAGCGCAUGGACAAGGUGUGGCCUAAACUGCGAGUCCUGGCUAGAUCCUCCCCUACUGAUAAACACACUCUGGUUAAAGGCAUCAUAGACAGCUGCUUGACAGACCAGAGACAGGUGGUUGCGGUGACAGGAGACGGGACUAACGAUGGACCAGCCCUGAAGAAGGCUGAUGUGGGAUUUGCCAUGGGUAUAGCCGGUACAGACGUGGCCAAGGAGGCGUCUGACAUCAUAUUAACGGACGAUAACUUCAGUAGCAUAGUGAAGGCUGUGAUGUGGGGGAGGAACGUCUACGACAGCAUCUCCAAGUUCCUCCAGUUCCAGCUGACUGUCAACGUGGUGGCUGUCAUAGUGGCCUUCACUGGGGCCUGCAUCACACAGGAUUCUCCCCUGAAGGCGGUCCAGAUGCUGUGGGUGAACUUGAUAAUGGACACCUUUGCGUCCUUGGCGCUGGCGACGGAGCCCCCCACCGAGGCCCUGCUGAUGAGGAAGCCGUACGGACGCAACAAACCGCUGAUCUCCAGCACCAUGACCAAGAACAUCCUGGGACACGGCAUCUAUCAGCUGGUCAUCAUCUUCUCCCUGCUGUUCGUUGGUGAGCAGAUAUUUGACAUAGACAGUGGUCGUCACGCUCCUCUCCACUCCCCUCCGUCAGAACACUACACCAUCAUUUUCAACACCUUCGUCCUCAUGCAGCUUUUCAACGAGAUCAACGCCAGGAAGAUCCACGGAGAGAGGAACGUCUUUGACGGAAUCUUCAGGAACCCCAUCUUCUGUUCCAUCGUCUUUGGAACCUUCGCCAUCCAGAUUGUGAUCGUGCAGUUUGGAGGGAAGCCGUUCAGUUGUACUCCUCUGGAUUUGGAAAAGUGGGGAUGGUGCACCUUCCUGGGUCUAGGAGAGUUGGUUUGGGGACAGGUGAUCGCCACUAUCCCUAACAGCAAGCUGCGGUUCCUGCGAGGGGCGGGUCAGCUGACCAAGAAGAACGAAAUGCCUGGGGACGAGGACAUGAAUGAGGACAACGAGGAGAUCGACCACGCGGAGAGAGAGCUGCGACGCGGACAGGUCCUCUGGUUCAGGGGGCUCAACCGCAUUCAGACUCAGAUCGAUGUGGUGAACACGUUCAAGAGCGGCAGCUCCUAUCAGGGCCAGCUACGGAGACAGUCCUCCACCACCAGUCAGAACCAGGAUGUAACCAAUGUUUCUAGUCCCAGUCACAUUCGCGUCGUGAACGCAUUCCGUAGCUCCCUCUACGAAGGCCUUGAGAAACCAGACUCUAGACCGUCCAUCCAUAACUUCAUGACCCACCCAGAGUUUAGGAUAGAAGACACCACGCCUCACAUCCCCCUGAUAGACGACACUGACCUGGAAGAGGACCCUGCGUUGAGGAUGAUCCCUCAGUCCCAGACAGGCAGCCAGCCCCAGACAGGCAGCCAGUCCCAGACAGGCAGCCAGUCCCAGACAGGCAGCCAGCCCCAGUCCCCCAACAAGAACAACAACGCCGUUGACAGUGGCAUCAACCUCACCAUCGACACCACCAGUAAAUCAGCUGCAUCCUCCGGUCCAGCCAGCCCACUGCACAGUCUGGAGACCUCCCUCUAGUGGCCUGCAGCUGGCUGGUGAAGACCUCAUCUGCAACCUUGGAGACACCAGCCCACUGCAGCCAUUGGAGACCUCUAGCAACACCUUCUGACAGCCUGGCUGGUGGAGACCUCUGUCUGCAAUCUGGAGACCUCCUUCACUGCCAUUUGGAGACCUUUCCCUACUGCAAUAUAGAGCUUUCUAUACUGCAAUAUAGAGACCUUUCUCUAUUGCAAUAUAGAGACCUUUCUCUACUGGAAUAUAGAGACCUUUCUCUAUUGCAAUAUAGAGACCUUUCUCUACUGCAAUAUAGAGACCUUUCUCUACUGCAAUAUAGAGACCUUUCUAUACUACAAUAUAGAGACCUUUCUCUACUGCAAUAUAGAGACCUUUCUCUACUGCAAUAUAGAGACCUUUCUCUACUGCAAUAUAGAGACCUUUCUCUACUGCAAUAUAGAGACCUUUCUCUACUGCAAUAUAGAGACCUUUCUGUACUGCAAUAUAGAGACCUUUCUAUACUGCAAUAUAGAGACCUUUCUCUACUGCAAUAUAGAGACCUUUCUCUACUGCAAUAUAGAGACCUUUCUCUACUGCAAUAUAGAGACCUUUCUCUACUGCAAUAUAGAGACCUUUCUGUACUGCAAUAUAGAGACCUUUCUAUACUGCAAUAUAGAGACCUUUCUCUACUGCAAUAUAGAGAGCUUUCUCUUGAGGCCUGGUGGAGAUAUCUACUGCAGCCUGGUGGCUCCCACACUGCAGGUUGGAGACUUCUGUCUUUCAGUCUCUUGGAUACCUCCUUUGUCUGCAGUUUGGAGACCUUCCUCUAGCCUCAGUCUGUCUCCUGCAAUCUCUCCUCCUGUACCUGGAGAAAACAUCAUACCACACAUACAAUCAGAAAGCACAACAAAGCCAACACACAGGACAUGUGUGUGUACUGUGUGUGUGUGUGUGUACUGUGUGUGUGUGUGUGUGUGUGUGUGCACGCUGCUGACUGACUGAACCAUGUUUCUAGCAGCAGUGAAGAGGAGGACCAGAAAGUGAGUGGAAAAAACAGCAUAAACUACAACCCACUCCUCUCUCCGUCCUCACAUUAACAAUGACUGUUUCUCCUAAUAGAUUCAAUUCAAAACAUGUAUUAUUGGUCCUGCAUGAAUGUACAUUAUCCAAUGUUUUUAUUUAAAUCGUUUUUUAAUUUGAUUGGGUGGGUGAGAAGUGGAUUGCUUCUUUAAGGCAGCUUUAUCCGAUCGUUGGUCUGCGAGUUCUUUAAGUGUAAAAAUGUAUUUGGUUUAUAAAAAUGAGACGUGUGUCAAGGCCGUAGGACUCAACAAGCACAGUAGAUUUACACCUGUUGGAAAAGAGGAACCCAUAAAUAAAUAACAUUUCUUAAACUUAUGAUAUAUAUAUAUAUAUAUAUAUAUAUAUAUAUAUAUAUAUAUAUAUAUAUACACAGAGUUUAUCUUCAUUUGUUGGCAUGUUGCCUUGUUUCUGCUUCGAUGGCUCUAACUACUUUUAACUUAUUUAUGACCUUAAAUAGAAUGUCAUUGGUUUACAACACCCGUAGAAACUUCCUGGUUGAUUUGUAGGGUUCCAAACCAUUCAGCAGAUGUAGUUGGAAAAAAAAAAAAAAACUCAAGUUGUUUGAGUUCUCCUCAUUGGUGUUUAUAAUAUA